AUGGGUGGCCAACUCACAAAAGAACAAGCUCGUUUGCCUUUCGGAUAUGUUCCAAAAACACUACACCACCAACGGCAAUGUAUAACGGGCUUAAAUCAAUCAACAUUACGGCCUAACAUACAUCCGUCUCAGGAUAAUCCUGAAACGUUCUUUAAUGACAUCGGUGAAAUUAAUAAUCGUUCUAUUUUAAUAACGCCAGCUGGUGAAACCGCGUCGAUUUUCACUGAAACAACGGAUACUAUUUCUCCUGAAGUUAUGAUGGAUGUGGAUAAACCUGAUAAUAAUUCAAUUAAUGGAACUAUACCAGAUGAAUUUAAUAUAAAUAAUAACCUGAGUCCAAUAGUGUUUAGUGAUUUACAAAAUUUUAAAAAUAUUGGACUUUGUCGACGCGGUCUUGUUAAAUUAACUGAAAUCGGUUACAUGAAAAAUUUGACAACGCUUGAUGUUUCUAAAAAUCGAUUGGAAUUCAUUCCGGACACUAUUGGAUUUUUAUACAAGUUGCAGGAAUUAAAGUUGUCAAGUAAUCAAUUAUCAUGGAUACCAUCUUCUAUUGGUUCUCUCAAGAAACUUGGUACUCUUUUACUUGAUGAAAAUAAGAUUACUGAAUUACCACCAGAAAUUGGUCAAAUAAAGACUCUUGUCCAUUUGGAUGUUCGAGAUAACCCACUCACCGUUUUACCUGCUGAACUUGGACGACUCCAACAACUUCGAAAAUUGCGAACUGAUGGUUGUCAGUUAAAAACGGAAUUCGUACAUCAGCUUACACAUUCUCCACCGACGUUAAUGGAACUUGCUGCACGUACUAUUGUUCGACUUCAAGUUCCAAUAUUGGAAGAUACAACAGAUCAUAUUAAGGAUUAUCUUGCUAGCGCCAAAAAGUGUAGCUUUUGUGGUGGUCCUUAUUUUGAAAGUUAUGCAAAGCGUGGUAAAAUAAUUGAUAAGAAUGAACAACUUAUACCUCUAGAAUAUCGUUUAUGUUAUCCUCAUUGGAAUACUGAACAGGAACGCGUUAGUCUAUUAUUUUGCGCAUUACCAGAUACUGCCCCAAGUCCUGAACCAUACAAACAUCGUCGUAAUACUACUGAUAAAUCAUGUGAUGGAAAUUCAGUAGUUGGUGUUUCAUCUAACACUCAGGAAAAAGUUCAACAACGUCCUUCUGUAAGACGUUCCAUGACUAUUCCGCUAAGCUCACUUACUAGAUCGCCUUCGUUACCUAGUUUGCCAAGAUCUUCAUCUCCACGACCUACUGAUGAUUGGCUGCAAGAUGAUGAAAUUGGUAUAAAGAAAAGCAAUAGCACCCGCGGACGUAAUGGAGGCGUAUCAAUAUUGUGGCGUUCAAAAAAAAAUAGUGCGUCAUCUGCUAUUCUUGGAAAACCUUCGCGCAAUCAUUUACGUUUAAGUACCCGAUGGGGUUGA